UAUAUAUCUUCUUAACACUUGAGCUGCCUGCUCAGUCAGUUGGCCAUUCUUCAACUAGCCUGUGCUGCUUUCCGAAGGAAGGGAGGAUAUUACAGCCAAGAUGUCUGACAAGAAAGGCAACGUGUCCUCAAGCCGCAAGCAUACACUCAAGAGUUGCAUGCUGGCAGUUGCUAAGGACUGGCUCGAAGCUGAAGCAAUAGAGAAAGUUAAAGAGAGGGAGAAAUACAUGGAAGAGAACUGCCCUCCUUUGGAACUACCGCAUUCCAAAGAUGAAUUAAUGGAACUUUGCAAACAGAUGUACGACAAAAUCAAUACGAUUGAUGAGGAGAGAUAUAACCUAGAAUACAAAGCGGGCAUGGUUUGUAAUGAGGUUAUUGACCUGAACAUAAAAAUUGUUGAUCUGAGAGGCAAGUUCAAGAAGCCAGCUCUGAAGAAAGUGCGUAUGUCUGCUGAUGCUAUGCUCCAGGCCCUGUUGGGUUCCAAACACAAGGUGACCAUGGAUCUGAGAGCCAACCUGAAGCAAGUGAAGAAAGAUGAGAAGAAAGAGGAUAAGGAUUUGCGAGACGUCGGUGACUGGCGUAAGAACAUUGAUGACAAGGCCGGCAUGGAUGGCAGAAAGAAAAUGUUUCAAGGAGAUAAUUAGAUAAAUGGGCAGGGUUUUUCUAAUGGGCAUGACCGCUUUUCUGCAAUGUCUUACUGUCAACCAUAUAUCGAUACCUAUUACAGCCGAUAUUGUAACACGUCAGUGUUUCUUUUUAGAAACAAAGUGAAAGACUCAGUGUAAGUAAGAAGGCCUUAUCAGGAUGUGUGUAAUGGUCUGAUAGCUGGUUUAUUGCGGUGCUCCCUAUAGACAAGGUCAUAGCAGAGUCAGAGAGAUGUAUGCAAAUGAUUUGUAAAAGUAGCAAAGUUUUCUAAUAAAUUGUCUUACGGAAA